AUGGAGACAUCUGCCGGCCAGAGUUCACCCCCUUCAAACCCUUAUCGCCCACUGGACCGGUCAAGGCACGAGAUUCGAUUCUUGAGGAUUCUGCCAUCCACCUGUGCACCUUCGUCUGCCCGGUCUCUUUCGAUAAACGAUGAUCCCGUACGCUGUCAGAUGGAGUACCAUGACUUCAGAAAGUUCACGCCGGCGGCGAAGGAGAAGAGCACCUUGGCCACUAUUGCAUCCGCAUUCAUCAAUUCGCUCGACCUCAUCAUAAAGAAGAUGCGAGCAUACUACAUGUCUACUCCAUCCGACGGCCCAGCGUACGAUCACCAUGAGGAAAGCCCCGAGGCUGUGGGCCGUGAACGCGUGAAUCUGCUUCGUCGGGAGUUCACAGAAAGCAAAAGUCAUCUCCAAACCCUUGUGCCUUGCUACAACUGGGAUGAGAUACAGGACGAAGCGCUAUGGACUGAGUGGAUGAAGACAUGGCUUUGGGCCGAUCUACCGAAGGAGCCGAAUGAGGCAGCGCUGUCUGGAUAUAUUGCUCUUUCUUACGUCUGGGCGAGACAGCCAGCUACGUCAUACGAGCACGCUCAGUUACUCGGAUUGCGAAAAAUUCUGGAAGACAUCUCCCCAAGGUGCGCAGAACUCAUGAACAAAGCCUUACCUUUCAUCAACCAUCUCACGUCGGACCAAGCCAACGAAACAGCCGACAUUUUCCUCGACGGCUCCCCUUUCAAGGUCGGAGCGAACUUGGAGAACGCACUCCGAGCUCUGCGCGAGCUUCCAGAAGUCCGCUCUGGUCUACUUAUAUGGGCCGAUGCUAUAUGCAUUAAUCAGGGCGACAUUGAAGAGCGGAACGUCGAGGUCACCCGAAUGUAUUCCAUCUACAAGAACUCCACCAGAGUAGCUAUCUGGCUCAGUGAGGUCACAGAGCAACACUGUAAAAUUCUCGAAUUCAUGAACUUCGUCGGGGAAUGCAUGGGUCAUAUCGAAAAGAAGAACAAGGAGCUGGCGUCGACUUGGCUAGCCCAAUUUGACUUCCUCGAGAUGGUUCAAAUGCAGGCAGUUCUUUCAGCUCUGCCUUACUGGUACCGAACAUGGAUCGUGCAAGAAACAUCCGUUGCUCCGAACGGGAGUUUCCUUAUUUGUGGCAACCGAAGGUUCCCUUGGAUGAAUAUUCUUCAGUUUGUGUACUACUUCAACAUCGGACGAAGGGAACAAUUCUCGAACGCACUUAUCAUUCCUGACUUGGCCUCUUCCUCCCCGAGCCUUGGGCAUAGGUUCCUGAGAUACAACAAUCAUUUGAUGAGUCUGGCUGACGCGUUCGCCAUGAUCAAAUCGAGCUCUUCGUUCUCUGACGAAAAUGCCAUGUCAUGGUGGUUCCCAAGCCUGAUCCUCCGUCUCGCCAGUAUGACGCACUGCAAGGACUCCCGAGAUAGGAUCUACGGUUUGAUGAAUCUCUUCCCUGGGGAUUUGGCUACAGCCAUCAAACCAGACUACAGUCCUUCGACUAGCCCAGCUAUGGUAAUGGCCGAGUUCGUAAUAGCCCACAUUAAAGCAACGUCGACAUUGCAUAUGCUUCUUUUCGUGGGUGAUAUCUCGCCUGGAGUAGAUGCGUGGCCCUCCUGGGUCCCCAAUUUGGCUAUACCUUGGAAAGACAUCACGCUAAGUUGGGCGCUUCGAAACGGUCAAUUAGCCUUACCAGAGGUAACCGGCAGUAUGAGUCUCUAUCACGCUGACGGACCGGAAAAGGUUGCAAAGAUCACAAUAGGAGCAAAAUCGUUCGGAGUCCCAGUCAUAACAUGUCAAGGCGCCAUGAUAGACGUUAUCUCGGAAACAGGAGCGUACGCUAAGCCCCUCCUCCUUCAAGCAAUAGAAUUAAAGCGGCCAUACUCUGGCCUACCCUUAUUGGAGGAGUGGGAGGAGGUCCUUCUGGACGCGUUCCGCAUUAUGUUGACAGACAUCAGCAAAUGUUCGGUAGAAACGUUGGCAAGCAACCUAAAGGAUAUCUUUUCGAGCGUGAUGGAGCGCGCUCGAGGGCCAAGCCUUCCCAAAUUUCAGAAACCGAACAAGCACCGGUACGGCAGCGACGCCGGUCUCGAGAACGCUCUUGCAGAGUGUUUCACAGCUAUCGGGUGGCAGCCAAAUCCGCAGCGAAGAGAUGUCACUUCCGUAUUCGAAGUCCCAAGAACUGCGAAUGCGAAUUUGGAAGCGGUCCUUCAAUCCGGCGACUUCGUAGAGCGAACGGAACAUGAUUAUUUUUCUUCAUUCUACGAACGAGCCGCAACCGUCGACUACUGGGGCAAGGAUCUCGGAUUCUUUUUCGGGCAGCAUGAAGCGAAACCAUACAUGCACCCAACCGAAGGACCCGCGUUAAUGCCAUUAGUAGAUAUUCACCGGAAAGAAAGGGGAAACAUAUUCACCACAGCAAGUGGCUACGUUGGCGCAACAAUCGAUCGAAUCCAGUCCGGAGACGAGCUAUGGAUUCUUUUUGGCCUUCCUAUGCCAGCGGUUUUGAGGAAGGUGGAUGGGUCACGAAGGUUGGUAGGCAAAGUAUAUGUCCCUGGCAUCAUGGAGGGCGAGGCAGUGGAGGAAUUCGCCAAAGAAGGACGACAAUACGAGAUGGUAACCAUUUCUUAG